AUGGACGUCGCUAUGACUCUGCACAGCAGGGCGAUCGGUGCGUUGCGCCGGCACCAGGACAUGGCGCUCAGCGCGUGUGUCCUGACUCUCAUGCUGUGCGUGUGCGUACCGCUGCUGGUGGUGCUUCCCGAGUCACGGCCGUACGGUGGCACCUUCAUUGUGUGGACGCUUGCAUUCGCUGUGCGUGCGUGGCGGUACCUACCUCGAGAGAGGGCGCACGUGUUCAGGGCUGCACAUCGCUUGGCCGACAGUAGGAUGCAGCAGUGCGGUGUAGGAAAGGUCCUGGUGCCCUACACGGAGUCGUCUCGUUUGCUGCUGAGGACGAGCUGCAACAAGGGAAAUCGACUGCCGAGCUCCCCGUCUACGGAGGCGACGCCAUGGUGUCGCGGGUUUCUGGCGAUCGGAAGCCGCUCGUCGACCCCUGCUGGACGCGAACUAGUCGGCAUGGAGGACAACGCCAUCACGGACAACAGCAGUGGCAACGCGAGCGGUGCCGCUGCGACCUCGGCUCCGUUGUCCUCUGAUUUGUUCCUGUCAGCUUCUGCGCUAGGGUCGUCAGCCCAGUUUCUCGCACUGGCCCACACGGUCUCUCGCCAGGAGGCGUCUUGGCCGGUCGCCUCCCGCCACACCGCCUUCGCAACGCCGUCCAGGAGUCGAAGUAGCAGCGGGAGACGCGCAUCGCUGCGCUCACCCAAGCCGUUCGCACACGUGCCCUGCGGUUGUGUCGCUGCGGCCACGGCGCUGACAGAGCACAGCAGCGAUGUGCCAUCCGUCGAACCCGCCUCACUGUUGUCGAUGCCGCCAUCGGCAAACUUCUCGUCUCGCACGCACUGCUGUACAGGCAACAAGAUCGCCUCGGCGUCGCUGUCACAGACUCCCGUGGCGGGCGGCGCCGUGGAGUUCCUGGUGUGGCACCCUGCAGGGCCCAAGUGUGCCCCUCUGGACUCAGACGCCGCUUUCAGUGUGCACGCAACUGUCGGAAGUGGGUCCGUCUCACUCGCAGGAGGCCACGCUGUCCCCACCGAUGUACGAGGAAACGGUGCUGUCUUCCUUGAACCACUUGCCAUCACCGCAGAUCACGGUGCUGAGCUCGACACUGCCGUCACCGCGUCCCCUCUCUCCGGCAGUGGCCCGUGA